AUGGGAAAUGAAGAUGGAACGGAACGCUGGGGAUAUGUUGAAGUUAGGGACCAGGUGAAUUUAUUUUGGUGGUAUUAUCGUAGUCCAAACAAGACUGAAGACUCAACAAAGCAAUGGCCCGUCAUCCUCUGGCUGCAGGGUGGACCUGGUGCAUCAGGGGUUGGAAAGGGAAAUUUUGAAGAAAUUGGACCCCUGAACGUAAAUUUGGAGCCUAGAAGCACAACAUGGCUGAACAAAGCUGAUCUCUUGUUUGUGGAUAGUCCAGCAGGGACAGGAUUUAGUUAUGUAAAUGAUUCAAGAUUGUUGGUGACAAGUGAUGAAGAGGCUGCAAUAGAUUUGACAAAGCUUUUGAUUCAUGUUUUUAAUGCUUGUGAGAGUCUACCGAUGAGUCCUCUCUAUAUUGUGGGAGAAUCUUAUGGAGGAAAACAUGCUGCUAUUCUUGCCUUAAAUCUUCUCUAUGAAAUUCAGAGUGGAAAUUUAAAAGCAACUUUUGGAGGACUUAUAUUGGGUUCCUCAUGGAUAUCACCAGCGGAUUUUACGUCUUCGUGGGGCCCUGUCCUGAAAUAUGUGUCUCGACUGGACGAAAAUGGCCUCCGCAGGACCAACAGUGUUGCCAAGCAAAUAACGCAGCAAGUUGAGGCUGGCGACUUUUUAAAUGCGACCACAACAUUUAAUCAUCUUGUAGAUGUCCUCGUAAACAACUCCUGGGGUGUGGACAUCUACAAUUUCAUGUUGGAUGAAUUGAACGACCCGUUAGUAAAUACAAACUCGAUGACCAAUCGAUACACCACAUUUUCGACUUCUUCUUCUUCUUCGAAUGUUUCUUCUUCUAACCUUACCAUAUUGAUGAAUGGUGUGAUAAGAGAGAAACUCAAGAUCAUACCACCCUAUGUUAAAUGGGAAUUCAGCUCGGAUCUGGUUUUCAACGCACUGGCUGGAGAAUUUAUGAAGCCAAGAAUUAACGAGGUUGAUUUACUGUUGGAAAAAGGAGUCCCCGUGACUAUAUACACUGGCCAGUUGGAUGUCAUUUGCUCACCCAAAGGAACCGAAACAUGGGUGAAAAAGCUCAAGUGGGAGGGGCUUCAGAAUUUCUUGAGCACGGAAAGGGUACCAAUAUUUUACACGUUAAAUGACCAGGGAAUUCUAUUUGGAUUCAAUAAAUCCUACAAAAGUUUGACAUUUUAUUGGAUUCUAGGAGCCGGUCACUUUGUACCGGCGGAAAGGCCUUUUGUAGCAAUGGAAAUGAUAGGAAAAGCAACCAACUCUCCAGCUCUAUCAUUCUAA